CCUCUCACCACGGCAACGCGCGCGAACAUGUCAGUCGGGAACGAUCAACAGGCGGAAAAAGUAGUCGGAUAUCUCUUGAUUUUUGUUGUGUCUGUAUAUUGACACCGAAUCACCAUCCUUUCCCAGUAGAGGAAGAGGAGGGAAUAAGUGUUAUCUUCAGAGCUAUCGCCGUUUCACCAUUUGUUUUAUCCAAGAGUGUUGACGUAUUUACAACAUGCCACCGAAAGCACAACCCGGGGAGGGUAUUGUGGUGGUCCUAGAUGUUGGUCCAGGUGUGCGGGCCAGCACGGAAACAAGCUUCUUCUCACAGGCAAAAAAAUGCUUAACAAAUAUUCUGCAACGGAAGAUGUUUGCAGAAAAGUGUAAAGAUCAAGUGGGUGUAGUUUUGUUUGGUACAGAUGGUACAGACAAUAAUCUUGCUAGUGGAGACCAGUAUCGACAUAUUACAGUCCUAAGGGAAAUAAUGACUGUGGACUGGGACAUGAUGAAUGAGGUAGACCAGCUGCCUUAUGGGAAAGCUACAGCAGAUUGGCUGGAUGCCCUGGUAGUAGCAAUGGACCUCUUGCAUGAUCCUGAUGGAAUGCGAUUUAGCAGCAAGAAAAUUGUGUUGAUGACAGACUUCAGUGGAGAGUUCAGUGAUGAUCAAGCAUCCAAGAUCAUUGCUGGCCUCACCAACAGUGGCAUUGAACUGAGUGUCAUAGGACCAGAGAUUGUAGAUGAAGACAACAGUGAUGAUGACAUGGAUGGACCCGGGAGCUCAAAUGGAGCACCAAAGAAUGGUAGUACUGGCAAUCCAAUCAACUGGAAUGGAAAACCGAAGACUGCUAUUCAGUUAGCAGGUGAAGCCCUGAUUACCAGGAUUGUCUCAGAGGUGGAUGGAAUAAUUUGCAGUUUUGAUGAGGCCAUCCCACAGCUCAUCUUCUUCCAGAAAAAGUCAGCAGGUAGUGCUAACUGGAACACUGUCCUGGAUAUUGGUCCUGACUUCCAGAUAGCUAUUACAGGGAAAAUCAAGGUCAAACAUUCAACUGUGCCAACUUGGAAGAAAAUGCAUGCUCAUGAUGAGACAGCAGCAAUAAUUAGUGAGACAUCUUACCAUCGGCAUGAUGAUGCCCAGACAGCCGUUGAUGAAGCAGAGGUCAUAAUGGGUUACAAGUAUGGGACAACAUUGGUCCCAUUUUCAG